CAUGCAAUCUCUCCACUAUAUAUAACAACCUCAACCUUCCCAGGUUCAAAAAUUAAAUGUUCUUCCGAAUUUUUAUUAAUGAAUUGAUUAAUAAAUAAUAAUAUAUUAAGUAUUAAAAUAAGAUUAAUUAAUGACACUAAGAGAAAUCUCGAUGCAGGAGGGAAUCUCCUCCUCUGUGGCGCAUACAGCUAAAAUAGACCCGCAAAGAGCUAAGAUCUCUCGCCGUCAAAGAGUAGAGAUCCAACGUCUGAAAUCAGUCUGCCAAGCACCGAAAUACGGCGUCGUUACAUGCAAGAAUGAGGAUAAUUGUGUAGUACAGCACGGCGUGGUGUCGGUGAUGGGAAGGAGGAGAGCAAUGGAGGACACAGUAAGAGUAGAGAAAGAUUUAGUUUCUAGAAAGUACGAUUACUUCGGAGUAUACGACGGUCAUGGAGGUAGUCAUGUGGCGGAAGCAUGUAGAGAUCGGAUGCAUGCGAUUUUACGAGAAGAGAUGGAGAGAUGGAAGACGUGUAGGAAGAUGAACAGUUGUGAUGAUCAUGAGGAUAUAGAUUGGGAGAAGGUGAUGGGGAGGUGUUUUGAAAGGAUGGAUGAAGAAGUUGGAAGAGGAGAGAAGGGAGAGAAUGUGGAAGAAAUGACGGUGGGGUCCACGGUUGUGGUGGCAGUUGUAGGGAAAGAAGAGGUUGUAGUGGCUAAUUGUGGGGAUUCAAGAGCUGUUAUUUGUCGUAAUGGUGUUGCCGUUCCUUUGUCCCUUGAUCAUAAGCCCGACAGACCAGACGAGUUGGCUAGAAUUGAAGCCGCUGGUGGUCGAGUAAUAAACUGGAAUGGUCAUCGUAUCUUGGGAGUUCUUGCGACUUCUAGAUCAAUAGGAGACUAUUAUCUAAAACCAUAUGUGUCAUCAACGCCCGAAGUUAUGAUCAGCAAAAGAACAGAAGCUGAUGAAUUUUUGGUACUCGCUAGUGACGGUUUAUGGGACGUAGUCUCUAAUGAAGUUGCGUGUCAAGUGGUAAGACGAUGUCUUAAUCGAAAGAUCAAAUCUCAAGAGAUUUUAAACCGUAUUAACAAAAUAAGCAGUAAUCGAGCAGAAGUCGCUGCUGUUUUACUAACCGAAUUGGCUAUCGCUAAAGGAAGCAAGGACAAUAUUAGUGUAAUUGUAGUAGAUUUAAGAAAAUUCAGUAGAUGUACAUGUUCAUAGAGCUUCUCUAAGAGAAGACUAAUCUUUCUGUUUAGUCACCACAGAAAGAUGGAACAUUGAUUUUUGACAUUUUCUAUACUGUUUUAUGGUGGUUAUUACUUGUAAUUGGUUUCUUGUACAUCUGAUUAGUAAAAGCUAAUCGAUUCAUUAAGCAAGGUUUUUAUUGUCCUUCUA